AUGCUUUUCAUUUAUUUUUCUAUUUUUCUACUUUCUCUUGCUUUUCUAUGGCUAUGGAGAACCAAGAAAAAUACAAAUAAACUACCACCAGGUCCAAAAGGUUUACCAAUUUUGGGUAGCCUUCUCAAAUUAGGACCAAAUCCUCAUAUUGAUCUUCACCAAUUAUCUCAAAAAUAUGGACCCAUCAUGCACUUGCGUUUAGGUUUAGUACCAACCAUAGUUGUUUCUUCACCUCAAGCAGCUGAGCUUUUCCUCAAAACCUAUGAUCAUUUAUAUGCUAGUAGGCCACCAACCGAGGCAAUAAAACACAUCUUUUGGGGACAGAGAAACAUGAGUUUUGGUGAAUAUGGUUCUUAUUGGAGAAACAUGAGAAAAAUGUGCAUGUCUGAAUUGUUGAGCCAUGCAAAAAUCAACUCUUUUAGACCCAUGAGGGAGCACGAGCUUGACCUAUUGAUUAGGUUUCUAAGAGAAAAAUCCAACGAUGGAACAAAAGUUGAUUUAAGUGCUAAGAUUUCUUCACUCUCCGCUGAUAUGAGUUGUAGAAUGGUGUUUGGGAAAAAGUAUGCGGAUAAAGAUUUGGAUGAGAAAGGGUUUAAGGCUGUGAUACAAGAGGGAAUGCAUUUAACAGCUACUCCUAAUAUUGCUGAUUAUAUUCCUUACAUAGGAAAACUUGAUUUACAAGGGCUCGCGAAACGGACGAAGGCAAUUGGAAAAAUCUUUGAUGAUUUUUUUGAGAAAAUAAUUGAUGAACAUAUUCAUUUUGACAAUAAAGAUGAUAAGAAUAAAGAUUUUGUAGAUGUCAUGUUGGGUUUUGUUGGUAUUGGAGAAUCUGAAUACCGUAUCGAACGGUCCAAUAUCAAAGCCAUUAUGCUGGAUAUGUUAGCAGGUUCAAUGAUACUUCUGCAACAGCAAUUGAAUGGGUAA